AUGUUACCAUUUAUUAAAUUAACCGAGUACCCAUUUGUGAUUUGUACAGUAUGCCGUUAUGCAUAUGUCACCAAGGAGGUUGAAUCGCAUUUAAAGAAGCACCAUAAGAGCAUCAAAGCAGCAGUCAGAAGAGAGAUUACCCAGCAAGUCAGGGAUUUGCCCGGCAUGAUUGAUGACAGAAGAGGGUUGUUAACGUGGCCAACGCCACCGCCGACGACCGACCCGAUCCCAUAUAUCCACCCGCCGGUCCCCGAUAACUUAGGUUGUGGCGAGGAAGGGUGUUGGACCGUGGUUGACACCCCGCGAGGCAUGCAGGAGCAUUACCGUAAGGAACACGGUUGGAGUAACCCGCGCGGGAGAGGCGGAAGUCAGCAAACGCGGAGGAUACAGGCCCAGCUGGUCCCAUGGCGCACCGGCGUCCAAAGCCAGCGGUUUUUCAGCAACGGGCCGGCCAGUAGUUGGUUCGAGGUCGGGUUUGGGGCGCCGGCCACCCAGACGGCCGAUGAGGCCGCCAUGAUGGAGCGGGCGGUGCGUGCCAUGGAGCAGAAGCAAGAGCAGUUCGAGCGAGAGGAUAGAGAGUGCAUCAAAGCCGCCGACGCAAAGACAGAUGCGAACGCGUGGUUAGAGCGUGUAGGAUGGGCCGACCAUUUGCAGGGUUUAGAUCCGGAAGCCAUGAGACAGUUGACAGACCCGGUCGGCGAAGAAGAGCAUGUUUUACAGUUGAUCCAGGACAGUAUCAUGCGGGUCAUGUUGCAGGCACGGAUUACAGCCACGCCCAGCACGGUCGGCAGCCAGGCAUUAUUCGAAGUACAACGGAAGGAGGUAGACAAGAAGCCGCGGCGGCCAUUCGACAACCGAGUCGAAGAAGACACGUGGGCACGGUACACAGCAGUUUGGGUCAAGUUGAUAUGUUAUGUAUACCGUGCCGAGACCAUGGAGGACAACGAGAGGCCCGGGUUCCGAUUAACGAAACGACAGGGGGAUACGAUGGACGAGUUGACGGAGUUAAUAGAGGAGUAUGUUGAAGACCCCGAAGCCAAUCCAUUAGAUGAGGAGCGCGUGGACGAGUUGACGCUGCAGGUCGUUAUGGCAUUGUUGGAUCACAGGUUAACGGCAGGUGAAUACCGCAGUGGUAUUAUCAGUGGGUUGGCCGUGCUGGGCAUCCGCAAAGACGGUGGAUGGAUGGAUGUGAUGGAUUACACGCCCAUGUAUUCAGCCGUGAUCAAAGUAGCGCGGGCCAUGGUCGUGUAUCAGUCGUAUCGGGAGAGGAAGGAAGAGGUGGCCCGAUUACAGCAGGAGAAGGGUUUAGGUGAGGAAGAGGCCGAGGAGGAGGCGACCAGCAUGUUCCGGAUCGUGCGUGAGAAGGUGCAGAGGUUCAUGACGGUGACAUCGAAGGAGACAUACGCCGAGCCGACGCCGAUGGAUUGGAUAUACGAGGCACGCACGUACGGCAUGUAUAUUCGGUUCAACACGCCAGCAGGCGGAACCGUGGAUUGGGAUGGCGACCAUAUCACGUAUAGAAAGACACGGUUCCGGAUGGCCGCGUUGACCGAGAUGUUGCAUGCAUUGACGAGGGAGGCGAGGGAGCAUUUAGCGACGUUGACGAUGGUGGAAGACGUGGACCAGUUACCGCGAAUCCCGUGGAAGGAGGUGGAGGACGAUCACAGUGAGGACCGGAUGGGGUAUUCAUUUUGA